AUGACCGCAUCGCGAGCGCUGGCGGAGGCGCUGGAGGCGUUCGGGGUGGCGGCGGGGGAGCUCGAAGGGUGCCGUCUCGCGGCGGUGAUACUGGAGUCCGAAUCGGAGUCGAACGGGGGCAAGGAGGCUGCUCGGGGCCUGGCGGGGCUGAUGCGGUCUCUCUCAGGGAGGCCGUUCUGCUCUGCCCUCGCCGGAGUGCUUCUGGAGAACAUGCCCGAGCAGCAUCAGGGCGGCGGCGGCGGCGUCGUGGAGGUGGAAAAGCUGAAGGCCUUGCUCCGACGGCAGGCUGCUGUUCCGAUAAGGGUGGUGUCGGCCGGUGGUAGUCGCCGCGGCAGCAGGGCAAAGGUUCUGGGCGGCGGCGCAGGCAGCGCGAUGCUGUUCGCGGACAUGGACGCGGAAAACAACUAG